UUGUACGGCUUAAUCCAAACACAUCAUCAACAAUCUCACAUGCUAAUCCAAACAUAUUUAGACAGAUUAUCACCUACUUGGAUUAUCAAAGGAGGGUGGAGGGUCACUUUCUACAGUCAAUCCACACAUUCUCUCAGAGGAGGAGGAAUUGAUUUUAAAAGACUGAUUCAAGUGGUUCUGGACUGCACAUUUUGCUCCUCUCAUUCUGAAGCAUGUCUCAGAGGAGUAAAACAGCUUCAAGAGAAAGCAUCUCCUCUGGUCCUCCAUCCUCAUCAGACGCUCAUCCUCCACGCUCUGCUCUUCGUAACUCCUCCAAAGACUCAAAAAACUCAGGUCACAGGGGCUCAUCUGGCAGCCAAGGACGGCGUGGCAGUAGAACCUUAAGCCAGAAUUCAGCUAUUGCUGCAGCAUAUACACAGUACCUUAAUGCUCUCUUUGGACAGGACAGAGAUUUAAUGCCAGAGGAACUAGACGAGCUGCAUGUAGCAUUUAAAGAGUUUGACUAUGACCAGGAUGGGUAUUUGCACUACAAAGAUGUUGCCGACUGCAUGAGAACCAUGGGAUACAUGCCAACAGAGAUGGAACUGAUUGAAAUCAUUCAGCAGAUAAAAAUGAAAUGGGGAGGUCAUGUGGACUUUGAUGAUUUCUGUGAAUUAAUGGGGCCAAGGAUGUUGGCUGAGACUGCUCAUAUGGUCGGUCUAAGGGAGUUGCACUGCGCUUUCAAACAGUUUGACUGUGACGGUGAUGGACGGAUCACUUUUGAGGAGCUGAAAGAGUCCACAAAGACGUUGCUGGGUGAGAAACUGAAGAAAGGAGAACUGGAAGAAAUUCUGACAGACAUCGACCUCAACGGAGAUGGGAAUGUGGACUUUGAUGAGUUCGUCAUGAUGCUGUCUCUCCGAUAGCUGAAUGUUUUUCCAUAUGAUGAGCUCAGUCGUCAUGUAAUCAUCAAACCUGCCAGUCAAGUUGUUAAAUACGGUGUACAUAAACUGCUGAGAUUUAUGUAACGUUAGAGCUGUAUAGACUACAGAGUAUUUGUAUUCAAUAAAGGUCCUAAAAUGUGUGAGGAUUUUCUGCUUGUUGUUUGAUAGAGCAGUGUUUCUUAACUUAGGAGUUUGAGACUAGUUAUAGAAUAUCUGAAUAUGAAUUUUUGUAUAUUUUGUCAUUUGACACGUUCCCAUAAAAGAAGAAGAUAAUAUAUGUAUAAUAUAACUAACAAAAUGACUAAAUAUAGAACAAGUCAACUAGUAAAUUAUACUUGAUUGCAUUUGGUCGUCACAAAGGCAUUAAUGAUACCAAUGAGCCGAUUUUAUUCUGAGGUCCUAGAGGAUGGUUCCAAAUAUGACAGGGGUCCAUUACUCAAAAAAGGUUGAGAUUCACUGUGAUAGAGGAUGGUGGAUUAAGUACUAAGUACAGGACAACAAAUCUAGGAGUUAUGAAACAGCUGUUGUUGCACAACCAGUGACGAUGCUGCAACCUAGUGGAGGAUAUAGGUA